GAAGAUAAUCCUAUAAACCUAAAGGUCAUACAACAUCAGCUAUCGAGACUCGGAUAUCAAGCCUUAGUCGCGACAAACGGGCAAGAGGCCGUAAACUUAGUGACCGAGUCUGCUAAUAAAUUAACCGAUCCAAGUUCAUCUUCAACCGACUCGCCCUCAAACCAUCAUGCCGAAAUCUCUUUAAUCUUGAUGGACUGUGCGAUG